GCCCACUCAGCGCCCGCUGAGAGGCAGAGCGAGCACUCCUCCCCGGGGAACAACGGAUGGCACCGAAGACGUAGGGGAGGUGGGCGGGCUCCAGCUGCCAUGCUCUAUUCUGAUUGGAGGAUGGCGAGACGCGCUGGGCUUGAUAGGCAACUGUUUGAAUUUAGGCGGGAAGGGGCCUCCAACGGCUGCGGCUCCGGCGCUUCGUUAGGAACUUGAUAACUUAGCAAGAUGGAAACUGAUGAAUUGUUUUUGGGGGCAGCAAAGCAGGAACCCCGUUAGCUGUCAACAGCUCUGUAAAGCAGCCACACUGCUCCCCUUACAUUUUCUUCUUCCCCCCUCCCCUUCCCCUCUCAAGUUGGUCUCAUCCAUGGCAUUCAGGAGGCAAGUAAAAAACUUUGUGAAAAAUUACUCAGAGGCAGAAGUCAAAGUCCGGGAAGCUACGUCUAAUGACCCUUGGGGGCCUUCGAGUUCUUUGAUGUUGGAUAUUAGUGACCUGACCUUCAAUACAGUUUCUCUCUCAGAAAUUAUGAAUAUGCUGUGGCAGAGACUAAAUGACCAUGGGAAGAAUUGGCGCCAUGUCUACAAGUCCCUCACACUCAUGGAUUAUCUUAUCAAGAAUGGAUCCAAAAAAGUCAUUCAGCUUUGUCGAGAGGGCUUCUUUAACAUUCAGACAUUAAAAGACUUCCAUCACAUAGAUGAAGCUGGAAAAGACCAAGGUUACUACAUCCGGGAAAAAUCUAAGCAAAUCAUCACUCUGCUGAUGGAUGAGCAGCUGCUGCAUAAAGAGCGGGAGGUAGCAUGUUGGACUAGACGGCGAACAUCCUACUCCAUGACGUUUCCUAAGAGAUUGCCUGGUGCCGGCCACUCGCCGACUCACUUACCAAGCCCUAACAUGGCAUCAGACCCUCCUGCUUCUGAGAACACACGCAAACUUCUCAAGAUCUCAAGGCUGCACCUCACAAAAAGUACUUCCAAGACAGAAUUAAGACCAGAGCAGAACUAUUGUGCCCAUAUGCCGAGCAGAAGUGCGGUGUCCCAGGAAACACUACCACUCAAGAUAAAUGCUUGGAAAUCAGCAGAAGAUAUGAUUUUUCCCCUGAGGACUACUUUAGCUGCAUCCCAGAGAAUUUUGGACCCGAUGGUAUUUUUUGAGGAAGAACCAAAAGAGCUUUUGCCACAAGCAUCUCCCAUGAUCCCUCCGACUUCAUUGGUGAUAGAAGAGUAUGAAGAAGGAUAUAACCUUUGGGAUUCAGAUAUCGUGCCCUCUCCUUUGGAAAAAAGUCCAUCUCUGCAUACAAAUUUGAGCUUGGGCAAAAGGCUAGACAGUUUUGGCUUCGACAGAUUCGAUUUAUCAAGUUUUGCCCUGGAAAACACCAUGCAACAGUCUCUAGAGUGUCAUCCUCCUCAGAAAAAUUGUGAUACCUUGGGAACUAUGCAGAGUCCCUGGCCACCAGGAAGAGAAGAGGUUGCAAAUACCAACAUAAGAGUGUCAAAGUCUGAUCCUUUCUUCCAGAGAUCACAGGCUUUCCCCCAUAGAUCCCAGGCUUCUGUAGAGACCCUCUAUAUGUCUCCUUCUUUGAAGGAGAGCUUGAUUAGCAAGGAGUACCCCAAACCAACACAAAGCACUUCCAAAGAAUUUUCUGAGACACCUUUGCCAAACCUCAGCUCCAACAUUGUUAAGACGGAUAGUACGGGCUUCAACCCUUUUGGAAGACAUGAUUCGACCGUCUCCGAAGGAACAUCCUCGUCCUUUUCUACCUUCUUCAUCUCAUCCCCUGACUUAGCCAUUCCAGAAAACAUCCCUCAUGUGUUAGGUCUGUCUUCCAAUGGAUCUUCCCUUAGGCCUUCAUCCCACGGGCCUUCCUCCUCCUCCAUGCUCUUUAAAGAGAUUCAGGUCAGGGUGAACCACCCCUUUGAUCCUUGCCUUCCCUCUUCAGAUGAAGAUGAGAGCGAUAGUAUCAACCUGUUAGACAUCCUCCCCGACAACUCCGAUUCUGCCAAUCCUGUCACGAGUGACAGGAUAUUCCCCGUGCAGGAUAUUCAGUGCCUGGUCCCGGCCUCGGAUCCUGCCCCCCAAAUGGGCAAGGGGCUCCCCGAGUCAGCAGGCCCCAACACACCCAUUCUGGGUGCCUUAGGGGAGAUCAAGCACGCCAUCAGGAGGCUGCACGGAGACCUGAGCAAAGUGGUCCAUGAGCUUCGCAUCGUCAACAGCCACCUGAUAAGCAUGGAGGCCAGGAACAGUCAGCAAGCCCCUCUGCCUGUCAGCAAGGCCCUCUCACCUGGAGCUUCUGUGGAUAGCCUGAGUCAGUUCUGACCUUGCAGAGGACAAUGGUAGAGCCUCCUCCCCUCCCCACCUUCUCUCUCAAGAUGCUGGAGAGUUGACUUUCCAUGGAUUUCUGGGCCCAGCAGCAGGAUUAGUGUGGCAGUUUCUCUUUUUCUUUUAAAUGUAUUAACAAUUAUUUCUCCAAUCAGGAGGAGGAUGUGUGUCUCCUUUUUGUUUAAAGGGAGAGAAAAGAUUUUAUGUUUGAAACACAUUUUCAGGUUCUAGAUAGGAGCACAUUGUAAACCCAAGGGAAUUUUAUCUUUGAUGUGCCCUUUUAUUUCAGAAUGGAUAAAGCUGUAGGAGAAGCCCUCUUUCCCAACUGGAUCCCCCUACUCUCAAGUUAUGACCAGGGUAGCAGGAAUCCAUUUGUGUUCAGUUAUCUAAAGCCCCUUUGUUAAUACACCUUAGCCUCGGGGGAGGAGGAGUCUGGUCCACCUGAAUCAUUAAAUUCGUUGCUGUCAUUGAGUCUCCAAACCUUAAACCGAGACUCGUGGCUCUCUCUCUUUGGUGUCAUGGUCAGCUAGGAAUUCCAUAGAAUCGAGCCCGCUAUGUGCCCCCAAAUAGCUGUCAAUUACAACUUUUUAUUGUUCAUUUAAAUUAAAAUUCAACCACAAAUGUGUGCUGGCUCAUUUCUUCUUUUCUUAGGGGAAAUAAAUUUGUUUUUAUCUUAUUUUUUGUCUUGGUUAAAUUAAACUGACCUUUCAAACACA